AUGAUAUUUUCAAACAUCAAAUUCAUCUCCACUUUCAUUUCAUUUCAGACAAAUUCGCUCUCUCCCUCUUUCUUACGUUUCCAUGCUCUCUUUAUUACUUCUCUUGCUCUCUUUAUUACUUCUCUUGCUCUCUUUCUUUACUUCUCUUGCUCUCUUUCUCUACUUCUCUUGCUCUCUUUCUCUACUUCUCUUGCUCUCUUUCUUUACUUCUCUUGCUCUCUUUCUCUACUUCUCUUGCUCUCUUUCUCUACUUCUCUUGCUCUCUUUCUUUACUUCUCUUGCUCUCUUUCUUUACUUCUCUUGCUCUCUUUCUUUACUUCUCUUGCUCUCUUUCUCUAUAUUGCCUCUUGCUCUCUUUCUCUCUAUUCUUUUAAUUUUUUUCUUUGUCUUUCCUUUGCUAUUCUUCCCCAUUUGUGGAUUGUUUUUUUUCACUUUCUCUCUCUCCCUUCUCUAUGUCUCAAAGCAGACGAUUGA